CUCACUUCCAACGGUCUGGCUAUCGGAGCAGGAGUUCCCUCUUCAAUGUUCACCCAAAUUCAACCUCCGGCGAUAUUUCAAGCGCCGCUUCCGCCAUCGGUUUAUCCAAUUUGCUGCAGUUCAAUUCUUAUCCGCCACCGCCGUUCUCGUGUUUCUUUUCGUGGCCUCCGAGUAGUGAAGUGCUCAGGCAACACUAGCGAUUAUAAACGUUCAAUUUCUGUAGAGGAGAAUGAAGGACCAAGUCUAGGAGAUGGAGUGAGGAGAGCGUACCCGUUUCACGAGAUAGAGCCGAAAUGGCAGCUACACUGGGAGGAGAAGAAGACUUUUCGUACUCCCGAUGAGAUUGAUGCUUCCAAGCCAAAAUUCUAUGUGCUUGACAUGUUUCCCUAUCCCAGUGGUGCUGGUUUACAUGUAGGGCACCCUCUUGGAUAUACUGCCACUGAUAUCCUUGCUAGACUGAAAAGGAUGCAAGGUUUCAAUGUGUUACAUCCAAUGGGUUGGGAUGCAUUUGGUUUACCUGCAGAGCAGUAUGCGAUUGAUACAGGGACACACCCCAAGAUCACCACUGAAAAGAACAUAAACAGAUUUCGUUCACAGCUUAAAUUAUUAGGUUUUUCAUAUGAUUGGGACCGUGAAAUUUCUACAACAGAGCCUGAAUAUUAUAAGUGGACUCAGUGGAUAUUUCUGCAGCUAUUAAAAAGAGGAUUGGCUUAUCAGGCUGAAGUACCUGUCAACUGGUGUCCUGCACUUGGCACUGUCUUGGCAAAUGAAGAAGUGGUGGAUGGUGUGAGUGAGCGUGGCGGACACCCAGUAAUACGAAAACCUAUGCGGCAGUGGAUGCUGAAGAUUACUGCAUAUGCUCAGCGCCUCCUUGAAGAUUUAGAUGAUCUUGACUGGCCAGAAAGUGUCAAGGAAAUGCAAAGAAACUGGAUAGGAAGAUCUGAAGGAGCAGAGCUGCAGUUCACUGUAGUUGCUGCUGAUGGUCUUGAAAAAGAGAUUACUGUUUACACAACAAGGCCUGAUACUAUAUUUGGUGCAACUUAUUUAGUCCUGGCUCCUGAACACGGCCUAUUGUCAGACAUUGUAUCUGACGAUCAAAGAAAAGAGGUAGAGGAAUACAUAGAACUUGCCUCCAGAAAGAGUGAUCUUGAGAGAACUGAGCUUCAGAAGGAAAAAACUGGGGUUUUCAGUGGCUGCUAUGCAAGGAAUCCAGCCAAUGGAGCAGCUAUUCCAAUUUGGGUGGCAGACUAUGUAUUGGGAAGUUAUGGAACUGGAGCAAUAAUGGCUGUACCUGCACAUGACACGAGAGACCAUGAAUUUGCUUUGAUGUACAAUAUCCCAAUCCUUGGGGUUGUGACCCCGGAAAAUGGAAAUUUUAGUUACUUUGAGAAGGCAUACACUGGUGAUGGUAUUAUGAUAAAUUCUUCAAGUUCAAUAUCAGGACUUCAUAUUAAUGGUCUUCCCAGCAAGGAUGCUGCUUUUAAAGUCACUGAAUGGCUCAAGAAAACUGGAAAUGGAAUGAAAAAGGUGAACUAUAAGUUAAGGGACUGGCUAUUUGCCCGACAACGCUAUUGGGGAGAGCCUAUUCCUGUGAUUUUUAUGGAAGACACAGGCGAAUGCAAACCAAUUUCUGAAGCUGAACUUCCUCUAACCCUUCCGGAGCUGGACGAAUUUACUCCCACUGGAACAGGCGAGCCACCACUUGCUAAGGCUUUAUCUUGGGUAAACACAAUUGACCCUACUACUGGCUCAUCUGCUCGUCGUGAAACAAACACUAUGCCGCAAUGGGCUGGCUCAUGCUGGUACUAUCUGAGGUUUAUGGAUCCUAGAAAUUCCGAGGCACUGGUUGACAAAGAAAAAGAAAUGUACUGGGGCCCUGUGGAUGUGUAUGUUGGUGGUGCUGAGCAUGCAGUUCUUCAUCUGCUCUAUGCUAGAUUCUGGCACAAGGUUCUAUAUGAUAUUGGUGUUGUUUCAACCAAAGAACCUUUUCAAUGUGUCAUUAACCAAGGAAUUAUUCUUGGAGAAGUUCAAUACACUGCAUUCAGAGAUUCUGAUGGAAAUUUGGUCUCUGCUGAUUUGGUGGAUGUAAUGAGUGAAUUUAGUCAAGAAAACAUACCCGAGGAAAAUGUCAGUAAAUCUGGUGAUUCUUUUCUGCUUAAAGACAAUCCCCAUAUCCGUUUGAUUGCCCGGGCACACAAGAUGAGUAAGAGUAGGGGAAAUGUCGUUAACCCAGAUGAUAUCGUUUCACAAUAUGGGGCAGAUUCUCUCCGUUUGUAUGAGAUGUUCAUGGGUCCAUUCAGGGACUCGAAAACGUGGAGCGCAAGUGGAAUUGAUGGUGUCCAUCGAUUUUUAGCUAGAGUAUGGAGGCUAAUUGUUGGUUCACCAUCAGUUGACGGCAAAUUUAAUGAUGGAACAGUUGAUCUCAGUGGGGAGCCUUCAAUGGAACAGCUUCGAUGCCUUCAUAGAUGCAUUUAUAAGGUAACAGAAGAAGUUGAAGCUACCCGAUUUAACACUGGAAUAUCUGCAAUGAUGGAGUUCAUUAAUGCAGCAUAUAAGUGGGACAAUCUCCCAAUACAAAUUGUCGAGCCGUUUGUCUUGUUGCUCGCACCCUACGCUCCUCACAUGGCCGAGGAACUAUGGUUCCGUCUUGGACACUCCAACUCCCUAGCUUACGAGCCUUUCCCCAAAGCAAAUCCUACUUACCUCAAGGAAUCAACGGUAACUUUACCCGUCCAAAUCAAUGGGAAGACAAGGGGCACGAUUCAGGUCGAGAAAACAUGCACAGAAGAAGAUGCAUUUGAGCUAGCUUCACAGGACUCGAAACUUUCCAAGUUUCUAUCUGGAAUGUCCAUCAAGAAGAAGAUCUUCGUCCCCGGAAAGAUUUUGAAUAUUAUUCUGGAAGCGCGGAGCGUCAGCGCAGGCCGAUAAGUCGAUAACCGAGACAGCGUUGAGUUCUCCUUGUUUAUCAAUUGCAGAAGAAACGCAGAUGUUCACAAGCUUUGCCUUCUCCUUCGGAUGGCUUGCUGCAGUAAGUACACAACAGGCUUCCUGGAUUAUUCUGUGGCUUCCUGUAUUAUUUUUAUUUUGGGUAAAAUCCUGUGUUUUUUGUAUUUAUAAUUUUAUUACAAAUAUUCCUCUAUAUUUUAAUUCAAAACUUUUAUAGGUAGUUCAGACUUCAAAAUGAAUUUAUACAUAUGUUGUGUGGGGAAUUAUGGAUAGGAUAUUGUGGUAAUUUGGGCAAAUCAACGACAUGUUCAUUUGUACUGGUUAUUGUAAACAUAUGUUCCCCAAGGGAUGGCUGGUGGUGGUACGAGGAGUGAACUUGUGACAAUCAGAUUAUGAGUUUAAAUUUUCGGCCUUCAGGUUCCCAUAUCAUGUAUGGUUUCACUAAUGUGAUUUGUCUUAUUAGGAUAUUAGGUUCGAUCGUCGGAAAUUUAUUUAAUGAUGUAGAGAUGAAUUGA